UGAGGAGAGCAACUGGUCUCAGUCGCCUCUGCCUCUUCUUCUCUCCCUGAUGUUCAUUUUGACGAGUCUCUUCCUGUUUCCUCUGGAUGUCAUCCAUUUGUUUUCGUUCGUCCAUUCAGAAACGUUUUGCCUGUCUUGCGCAUGCCCAGACCAGUGUUAAGUCUUCCGAUAAUGCUCGCUAGAGACCGAAAUAUUUACAGUGAAGUAAUUUACAUCAAUUGAAAGUGAAAUUUAAGAAUUUGUAUCUGAAAUAGUUUGGAAGGGAAAAGUCGACUUUCUGGUAAAUGGAAAUUGUGGUUGCAGUGCAAUUUUGUAUUAAAGAAAAGUUACUGUAGAGCAUAAUAACAUCUAAGGGAAUUUUCCCAAAUCACGUCUUUGCUUAAUAGUCUCACACGAACGUGUUGAUACAACUAGGGAACACUGGGGACGUUGAGAGAAAUCUGUGAAGUCAAGAUGCGUCCAAAUCUGCAGAUAAACCUUUGUGCUUCGGAGCACGCACCCAUAAACCUCAGGAAGGUUGCAAGUGUAACAACAGCGGGACACGCGUGAAGUGGGAGCAGAACUCGACCAUACCCUUCGGGAAAUCCCGCUAAGGGCUACGGGCACUGAAGAUCAGAAUACAAAUUUAAUCUUCACCGGCCGAUGUUGUCUAAGGAUGAGAGUUCAAGAAAAAGAAUUGAUAAAUGACAAAGCUUAGGGGCACCCAGUGGAACUGCAGAUUAAAAGGAAGUUUCGAAUCUCCAAACCGCUCAUGAUCAAAGAGCGCAGGAAAUCUGAAUGAAAACUGACCAAAGCUCUCAAGUAGCGACACCCUGGUAACCUCGAGGUUCCGAAUGGUAUGAAGAGAACGAGUUACGAGUAACGAGUAACAACGGUCAGGUAAGGCGAAGAAAACGAGAGGUAACCAGUAACAAGUAACAAUGGGUAAGAUUGCCUAAUACAGAGAGACUUCACCCCCGCUCCCACCGCAGUAGUCAAAUCCGAGAUCCCAGUUGUAACAAUGGCUGAAGCCGUCGCCGCAGAGAAGGCCCAGGAACUCGAGCUCUGUGAAGGCGCUGUUGGGUUCUCUGGCCAAGCCCAGCAGCAGCAACAGCAGCAGCAGCAGUACCCGAGUGAAGUCGUUUACCAGUACAAUGGACACAACAUAGUUUACCAGUAUGACCCCAUAGCGCAGGCGCAGUUGCCUACUCUGCUCGACCCGACGCAGGGGUUGAUGGUGAUGAGUGAUCAUCGACGGAAGUCCGUCGCAUCCGUCCAGACAGGUGGACAGUCGUCCGCCACGGGCCCAAGGCACCCCGUGAAACGCCGGCGAUCGGAAACGAUAGACAAAGGCAGGCGCCGACGGUCCAGGCCCGAUGACGACUUCAGCCUGACCUCAGACGGCCAUUCUCGCAAGGACGACCUCCGGAGAGGCAACAGUUCAGCCAGCAGCGAGGGCAGGAGAGGAAACAGGAACUCGCAGCUGAUAGGAAAUGACGACCUCGAGUCUGCCAGGAUGUCCGGACAUUACUAUAAGACCGACCACAUGAACGGCAAUCCGGAUACGCAGGACCAAGACGAACCGCACAGGAGUCGCGUCGUUGUCGUUUGCGCUUCCAUCGCUGUCGGGAUAUUCCUAACUGCUAUUCUUCUGGUCGCCAUCACCCUCAGGAUGUCACCCGCCAUAGAUGAAAUGGGGAUUUACGUGGGAUCCACCAGUCGGCUACUUAAGGUGCGCAUCGAUUCACAUCGGGGAAUCAGUUUCCGCACAGGGAGCAGAAUCUCAAACCCAGAGCACUCCAAUAUCAGGAACCAUGCAAAACAAUGUAAAACCUACAUUGACAACAAAGAUUUCAGUGUAAUCGGCCAUACUACCAAACCACAAGAGUUAACAAUCCUUGAGUCGUUGUUUAUAAAAGAACCCGUACCAUCAUUAAACACCCAUACUUCUGCGAGUCAAUUGUAUUUAGCAUAAGUUCGUACUGUGGUGGUUUCCUUCCAUUUAGUUCCUUGCUGUCUCACCUCUAGGUUGGUUGUUU